AUGGCUGGAAUGGACAGAAGUGGGGGCCGAGAGUUGCAAACAGAAUUGGAGCCGGAACUGCUUCGAGGAGUGCCCCUGCCUGUGUGCCUCAGCGGCUUCGCCAAGCAUUUCGUGCCACCCGACCCUGGGAUGUUCAAUGUGGAUCACGCGGACUACGAGCUCAGCCGCCCAACCGAGAACUACGACGAGUUUCUUAGUCACGAUUGGGGGACAUCUCGGUGGCUGAAGCUGGUGUCCAUGCUGAUUAUAUACAACUCGCGAGCUGCUGCUGCCGCUUCUUUGCUGGCGAGCCUGGCGUGCGGGGUGUUGCAGGCAUUCGGCGUGCUGGCGAUAGAAUGGUGGCUGCUCCUCCUGUUCUUGCAUCUGUCAUUCUGGAUCGUGCUUCUAUUCUGGCAGCGCCUGCGUAGCUUGCUUUUCAAGCCGCCAACCAUCUUUCUGGAUCGGCUUUGCAUCGCGCAGCACGUGGAGGAAUUAAAGCAAAAAGGCAUCCUGGGCCUUGCAGGCUUUCUUGAUCGCUCCCGGCAGCUCACCAUUUUAUGGUCGCCGCGAUACUUUUCUAGAAUCUGGUGUACGUAUGAGGUGGCCACAUUUCUGAGAGAUCCGGGGAAUCAGAAGCCUAUCCUGGUGAUGCCCGUGAAGAUGGCUCUGAUCCUCUUCCUUUUCGCCGUCACCGAGCACAUCAUCAUGUACUGGUAUUGGCUAGCUCAUGACGUGGCUGGCACAGACAGCAACCUGGAUCUCCUGACUCUCUUCUUUGGUUUCGCACCUGCCUUGGCCCUGGUUGUCCCGGUCGUCUUCUACGUUGGCCUUGGCCUCAUGCAGGACCUCAAAGAGCUGCCACAUCAGCUGGCCAACUUUAGCGUCCAGCGUGCUCAGUGCUUCUGCUGUUCCAACGGCCACACACACCCUCAGACAGGGGCGACCUUGCCCUGCGACCGGGAGCUGAUCUUCGGCAUGCUGAAGCGGUGGUACGGCAACCCACAUGGGGAGGCAGAUGAGCACCUGCGAUUGUUUGACCGGCAAGUGAAGCAGGGCCUGGCUCCCACAGUGAUACGAAGCCUCGGUAGAGGCUGGUUGCCCAUCCGAUACAAAAUCAGCAUGGUGUGCUUCUCCGGCGUGCCUGGCCUGUCUCGGGCAAUCGUGGCCUUGGCUGCUGGACCCCCUGAAGGGCUGGCAGGAAUCGGUGGAGUGGUUUGGAGGCUGCGCACCUUCAUGGAGUACAGCAUGCCUAUUCUGCUGACUUUCUCUUGGGUGCAGGUCAGCCUGUUUUUUCUCCACUAUGCCUCGCUGUGGACCACGAGCCGCCUCUCUCGCGUGGUCGUCUCUGCAGUUUUAUGGAUUCCUGCUUGUAUACCCUUGUCCGUUGAAUGGUUCAGCUUCCAGCUGUGUAUGAUAAACACAAGCAAUGAGAGCCUGCUUCCUGUGCUACCUUUCCUUAUCGGGACAGGGUUGCACAUCUUGCUCUCUCGUUUUUCAGAUGGGCCCGCGGGGCAAGUACAGUCUGUCGGAGACAAACUCAAAGCAGAGCCUGCCUUCGAAGAAGCAGCACUUGAAGUCGUGGUCGACGAGCAGAGCACUGCGGACUCCAUCUCCACAUUCUCAACGUGA